AAACCCCCGUCUCGUCUCGGUGCAUUCUUUAGGGUUUAUACUUUUUCCAAUAAAUAAUAAUCACUCCACUAAUAUCUCUCUCUGUUCAUCGCCACUGUCUGUAGCGCCGGCCGGCCGUCGAUCAUCGUUCAUCUCCGAUCAAAAAGUUUUUGUUUUUGCCUUCAGGUUCGGACUAUUCCUGUUAGGAACAAGCUAUGGCUUCUGUUGCUCACCUUCAUCACUCAGGAAACAACCUUCGUCAUUUGCGUAUUCCUGGCCUCCAGUUACCAACCCUUACCUGCAAAAACCUUGUCGGUUUGCCUCUCCGAUUUAAGCCAAUUGAUAUACUAUCUAUUCGACAACCGAUUCCCUGUACUGGCGGUGGAGGUGGUAGUGCUGGUGUUGGGAAUGGAAGCGGUGGCGGUGGCGGAGGAGGAGGUAAUGGUGGUGAUAGUCGCCCGGACGAAGGGGGGAAAUUCGACGAUAAUUCAUCGGUAGACAGUUUCGGGCCAUUUGGGGCUUUACUUGGUGGUUGGAGAUCAAGGGUUGCUGCUGAUCCCCAAUUUGCAUUCAAGGUGUUAAUGGAGGAAGUUGUGGGUGUGAGUGCAACCGUGUUUGGCGACAUGGCAACGCGUCCAAAUUUCGGUCUAAACGAGCUUGAUUUCGUGUUUUCGACACUAGUAGUAGGAUCAAUCUUGAAUUUCACCCUUAUGUAUCUAUUAGCACCCACCAUGUCAUCUGGAUCAACAACCCUCCCUUUCAUAUUCGCCAAUUCGCCAACAAGCCACAUGUUUGAGCCCGGUGCAUACAGUGCGGUGAACCGGCUAGGGACAUUUGUGUACAAAGGAAUAUUGUUUGCAGCAGUGGGGUUUGCUGCUGGUUUAGUUGGGACCACCUUGUCCAAUGGGUUGAUCAAAAUAAGGAAGAAAAUGGACCCCGGGUUCGAGUCACCUAACAAGGCUCCACCUACUGUAUUGAAUGCGGUCACAUGGGCGAUUCAUAUGGGUUUAAGUGCUAAUUUAAGGUACCAAAGCCUGAAUGGGAUCGAGUUUUUGUUGGCGAAGGGGUUGCCGCCGUUGUUGUUUAAGAGCUCCGUGUUCGGGUUGAGACUGGCGAAUAACGUUCUUGGUGGAAUGACUUUUGUGAUGUUGGCAAGGGUGACCGGAUCGCAAAGCGCUGCUAGUGGUGAACACAAGGUUGCCGAUGAAUAGGUUUCGAACGCGCUAGAGCUGAGCUUAAACCUAAACUCAAACUCAAGGAAAGUGGUAGCUUGUUUUAGUUAUAGAGGGUGUAAAUUAAUUGGAAUUGAUAUGUUUCAAACAAUUUAAUGCAGAAUUCUAUCUGGUCCUUUCCAACCAAA